AUACCGUGAAUACGGUGUGAUUUGAAGCGAAAACGACAACGAACUUUGAAUAGUCUCUAUUGAUCGGCUUCGGGAAAAGUGAUGAGUUGUCGCCUUUCCUUUUCGGCGUGGGAGAUAACGUGCUAGGUUCUCUAGAAAUCAUGACUUUCACGCCAGUAUAUCAGAGAUCAGCACGAUCGGUCAAGUAGCUGCAAAGUAGUAAACAUCUCAAAUACAUCCAUACAGGCCAUCAUUUGCGAAACUUGUUUAUUAUUACCACUUGGGCUUGAUAACUUUCUGAAAAGAUUCAGCGUCGUCAUUUACUUUUGAUAACACCUCUGUUCGUUAUAAUCCACCAGCUUUGUAAUCAUCAAUUUAAUUGGUCCCUCAAGAAACUCGUAGUGCGCUUUGAUAACGUCACGAAAAUCGCUCGAUCCAGCUUCGCCAGACAUCAGCAUCGAUUCCCCGACUGGAAAGAGCGAUUCCGAAGAGCCGAAGAGCCCCGAUAAUCCCACCAUGAUGCGCCAAGUGCCGUGCACUCCGAGAUAAGACGAUCUGUGCGAAACGGAGAGGCUGGCAUCGGCGUGGCGGCGACGACGACGACGGCGACGGCAACGGCAACGGCAACGACGGCGGUAGCGGAGGAAGCGACGGGUGGCGAGGAGAAGACGGAGGAUCGAUGGAUCUGUAAUGCGUGCAAAGUACGAUCGGCGUGCACGACGACACGAAUACCCAGAUACCGCAGAUCGGGUCGCGGGCGACAGUGGAGGCGGAGGGGAGGUCGAUGAGGACCGGACCGGAGAGGCGGAAUAGGGACGAAUGAGUACUUUUCGAGGCUAUCUCUCGGGGGGGGAGAAUACAUUGGGGCGAAUUGUCAGCGAUAUCAUCGACGAAGACGUAAUCUUAUUGAGCGCGGAGUACCCUGUACAACUGGUGAUCGAGUGAGAGAGGAACAGAAAGGACGCGGCAAGCUGAUAGAGCUGACGAUAGAGCUGGCUUCUCUAUACUACUGCUCGAGUAUACUAUAAAAGCAAGAAGGACUGACGACGAAGAGGAAACGAGCAGGACGAGUAGUCGCGUAGCGUGUCGUGUAUAUGCGUGUCGUCGCUGGAACGCCGAGGAAGCAGCGACGCGCCAGCAAUACGGUGACGGAGGACGCGGAGCUAUUGCUAUUUUGGAGCCCGCCAAAUAUCUCGCCACACUGGUGGCUGCUGGCUCAGACUGGCUCGAGGCUGCGCUGCGCGUUCUCUUGCGCCUCUUCUUCCCGUCCUGCUUUUCUUUCUGCCCGGUCGAUUCCCCUUCGCGGACUGGCGGCCGAUUUUGCGCCGAUGACGCAUGGCACCGACCAAAAGCGCCGCGACGUGUGACAGUUGGAAGAAUUGAGCUCACUUUAAGCCAUCUCAUAAGGCGUAAUUCUAUCAUCCGGUAAUCAACAAAAGGAACCUGAACCUAAAUCUCUUCGUUUCCGGCAAUUCACAGAAUUGGACGUUGUCCUCACAGAGAAUUCGUCGUUACUGAUUGAUCAUUCGUAAGGUUUUUGAGAAGCCAAAAGAUUCUUCUGACAAGGAAGGAUUCUGGCUAGAAUUCGCGAGGGUGCUAAGGAUAUAAGAAAGGAAUAAUCACUUUAUCGCGCACACAAAAAAGUGAGGGAGAAUAAUGGCGGGCGAGGACACACAAAUUUUGUCGAACGGCAAUGUGGAAGUGCUCACAAUCAUCCCACCGAAAAUGACGAAUGGGAACGGGCUGAUCUGCGGCGACAAGCAGCACAAUAACAAUGGUUUGAUAGCGAAUGGGAAGUUACAUGGAAUCGGCGGUACGGAGAACGGCAAUCUGAUCGUGCCGGAUGAGAGGUCGAGUAGCCUUCACACGGAGUUCGACGAUGCCGACGUGUCCUGUGGAUGGGGCCCGUGCAGGCCUCACUGGUUGCAGUACUUUGCUACGAAGCAGGCCUUCCUAGUGACCUUCUGCCUUACCUGGGUGCUUCAGGGUAUGUAUUACACAUACUUCGUCUCCGUCAUCACGACAAUCGAGAAGCUCUUCCAAAUCCAAUCAAAGACAACAGGUAUUAUCAUGUCGGCUACGGAGAUCGGUCAGAUCGGGUCCUCCCUGUUAUUGACGUACUAUGGCGGCCAAGGUCACCGGCCGAAGUGGAUAGCCUGGGGCAUGAUCCUCUUCGCCGUGAGCUCGUUCACCUGUUCGAUACCCCACUUUAUCUUCGGCGAACAGCUGAUUCGUCGACAGAACGAGAUGCUGGUCAGCGGCGUCGGACCCGGCACCGAGAGCCGCGGGCCCAACGACACGGAUCCGAUACCGGCGAAUCUCUGCUGGUUCCAGGAAAGGAACAGCACGUUAGACGGAUGGAACGUAUCGAUGAGCGCAUCCCAAAUUGAAUCGUCGGAAUACUGUAAAGGCGAUUUUCUUACGGAGCAAAGAAGAAUACAAAGCAAGAUAACUACGGUGGUGCUUGCAAUAUUUUUUGUAUCGUUACUUGGUGUGGGAAUGGGUCAAACAGCGGUAUACACUCUCGGUAUACCGUAUAUCGAUGACAACGUGGCCAGCAGAGAAAGCCCUUUAUAUUUCGCGAUCACCAUCGGAGUACGGAUUCUUGGUCCAGCGUUAGGCUUCAUUCUCGGUUCCGUGUGCACGAUGGUCUAUGCGGAUUUGUCGAGAAAUCCGCAGAUUACACCAUCGGAUCCAAGAUGGGUCGGUGCUUGGUGGCUUGGCUUAGUCCUGAUAUCAGCUCUGCUGAUGAUCGUCAGCAUCGGGAUGUUCGCGUUCCCCCCACGGUUGCCAACAAGUCGAUCUCCACCAAGAAGAUCGGAUUCACAGAAACCCAGCUUGCGAGAUUUUCCGCACGCAGUAAAAAGGCUCUUGAAAAAUGACAUUCUGAUGUUCAGAACUGCAAGUAGUGUGUUACACAUCCUGCCGAUUGCUGGUCUCUACACCUUCCUGCCAAAAUAUCUCGAGAGCCAAUUUCGCCUACCGGCUCAUCAUGCAAACAUGAUCUCAGGUGUUGGUGGGAUCCUAGUGAUGGGAUUGGGCAUCAUAAUUAGCGGCGUGUUUAUCUUGAGGGCGAAACCCAAUGCGAGAUUCGUCGCAGCCUGGAUCGCCUUCACCGCGGUCGUUUACGCGAUCGGCAUGGGUGUGCUAAUGUUUAUUGGUUGUCCGAUGGAUGACUUCGCUGGACUUGUGUCACAUUCGGACGGACUCUCUAGCUUCGAGCCGACCUGUGAGGCAACCUGCGACUGCGAUCGGAACAAAUUUAGUCCAAUCUGCGGUGCCGAUGGUAAAACGUAUUUCUCUGCAUGUCAUGCGGGUUGCUCGAAUUAUACGGUUGCUGACGGCAAAGUGGCAUCGUUUUACAAUUGUCAAUGCAUCGGAAAUGCUACGAUAUCACCGGAAGUUAUAAACACGGCGUCGAUCGGUUACUGUGCACUGGAAUGCAGUAACUUUUGGGUUUACAUGAUCCUGUUCUCUGUCUUCGUUUUUAUUCACUCCACGAGCGAAGUGGGUUCUAUGUUGCUCAUUCUACGAUGCGUGGAUCCCAGAGACAAGGCUAUGGCACUCGGCCUGAUACAAUUCGCCAUCGGCUUGUUCGGCAAUGUUCCAUGUCCUAUCGUUUAUGGUGCUGUGGUGGACUCCGCUUGUCUCGUAUGGGAAUACGCUUGCGGUGAGCGAGGCGCCUGUUGGCUUUACGAUUCGAACGUCUUUAGAAUGUUCUAUCACGGUACGACAGGCGGUAUCCUCAUGUUGGCCUUCGUGGUAGAUAUAGUCGUCUGGUACAAGGCCGGGAGCAUAAGCUUCGUGGAGGAGCAGGAGGGCGAGACAGGUACUGCGGAGGAAAUGGCGACGUUAAAAUCGCAGGACGCUCAAGCAGUCGAGAACGACUAUUUGUGAAGGUUUCGUAUUACUCUUUUGCGGUGAAGGGCCGCAACGGCGACAUUAUCAUCGUCGUCGUUUAAAGAUGCAACGCAGUGUCGUAGGAUACGUAGGGGCAUCGUCCUUCACAAAUGGUGUCAGUACAACUCGUCGCGCUUCCCAGAGACGACUUUCCGAGACGGAAAGAUCCACUUGCCGGCGAUUACACGCAUCCGAAUGGAACUUUCCUCGAAAGAGUUCCGUUCUGAUGGGCAGGAAGUCUAGUCCCUCUUGUCGGCGGCAUCCGAGCAUAAAGAAGCAGACUUCGCGUGAAUAACAGGAAGACCGAAGUCGAAGGACGAUUCGGACAAUUUUGAUUCGGUGACUCGAAGGAUCAAAACUCAGUUACGCGAUAAACAGAGAGAAAAAUUGAGUUUUGAAGCAUGCAGAAGUAAUAAACACGUGAUAAGAAAGAACGAAGACACGGAAGAAAGAGGGACUCGAGGCGAGCAUACUUUGUCUGAGCAUCGCAACGUAAUAUAAGUCUCUCGAGUGCGCCUUGGAAAAGUUAGUAUGGUUUCUCUCUCAGGGAAGCUUGUCAGUAAGUACACGCAAUAAAAGUAAUACUUCCGUGCCUAUGAAAUGACCGUGUUUGCGGCGAGCACGCGGUCCGCCGCACCAACAGAUCCGGGGAAUCGAAUCGAAUCAAAGCAACACCAGCGGCCUCGCGGGUGGCAGUGAAUGCGGUUCGCAUGGACAGACAGUGAGGGAUUGCCUCGUGCUUUGCACCGGCGUUGAUUAGUAUAUGACGGCGUUCCUGCCGUGCUCGCGCGCGCACACGCGUUAUCUAACUCUCUAACGGUAACGUUCGUUUACCGUGACGCAAAAGGAAACACAGGGCAUUUACGUAGAUUGCAAAUGUAGGUUUUUUUUUUUUUUUUAAUAAAGAUUUAAAUAAAAA